CCUUUUUCAAAAUUUCCUGUUUUACUCAGUGAGAGAGAAUGCGUGUAUGACUUCAAACUUUAAGCUUAGCCCCAUGUGAGAGCUUUUCAAAACGAAGAGGCCGCCAAGAGAAGAACAUGAUGGAAGUAUACGUUGUGUAAUGCCUCUUUGAAAAGGUGAAACGGCGGAGUCUGGGCUUUAUCGACUCGAGAAAUUAAUGAGAAGACGAGGAGUAAAUUUGACAGUCUUCAGAUGGAGCGAGUUUCCGCUUUUUGGUAUGGACUGCUAGUGCUAAGCAGCGGUGUCCUCAUCGACAUAACAGAUGGUAUGAUGAUUCCGAGAAUACGGCGAAUUUGCAAAUUCUGUGAUAUGAGGGAGACCACCUGCCCUGACACAGGGUCCUGUGCCUCACAAUGUGAAAUCUCUUCACUCUGCACUAGUCCUGAGGACGUCUGCGUCAGUAUUUGGAGGAGGAAAGAUGACAACAUAACCAUGGAAACAAUCUGCCACAACCCGGCACACCGGCUGCACGGAGUUCUGCUGGACGACUACAACAAGAGCAAGUGUGAGAUGAAGGAGAUGAAGAGUGGCCAGCCAGGCUCCCAGCUCUACAUGUGCUCCUGCAAAGAGGACGAGUGCAACGACCACGUCUACUUUCCAGGAAGCAUUAGUCAGGAAACCCCUGCUGUCCCUGACGGAGAGUCAGCGAGGGAUACAUCACAACCAAUGGGACGCCUACCAGUGCAGAUAGGCCCAGGCGGUGAGACGAGGAUACGUAAGCUGUGCAAGUUCUGUGACGUGCGACCGAGCACCUGCAACAGCACCAACAGGAGCUGCCACAGCGAGUGUGAAAUCACAUCCAUCUGUCCCGACUUCAACGAAGUCUGUGUUGCCAUCUGGAGGAGGAAAGAUGACAACAUAACCAUGGAAACAAUCUGCCACAACCCGGCACACCGGCUGCACGGAGUUCUGCUGGACGACUACAACAAGAGCAAGUGUGAGAUGAAGGAGAUGAAGAGUGGCCAGCCAGGCUCCCAGCUCUACAUGUGCUCCUGCAAAGAGGACGAGUGCAACGACCACGUCUUCUUCCAUUCACUUCCUGAUCCAAAGGACUUUCAGGUGGUCUUCGUGAUCCUGGUCAGCCUUGUUCCGCUCCUGGCUUUGGCCGUGUGUGUGAUCGUCAGCUUCUACGUCUACCGGGUCGGACGCCAGCGUAAGCUCUGGGACGCGUCCGGCGUGCCUCGGCCCAAGCGCAAGGGCAAGGACUUCAGCGACGUGCAUGCCAUCAUGCUGGACGACGACCACUCGGACAGCAGCUCGACCCACGCCAACAGCCUCAACCACAACACCGAGCUGCUGCCCAUCGAGCUGGACGCCCAGGUGGGCAAGGGCCGCUUCGCCGAGGUCUACAAGGCCAAGCUCAAGCAGGGCGCCUCGGCCACCGGCGAGCCCUUCCAGACGGUCGCCAUCAAGAUCUUCCCCAGUGAGGAGUACCUGUCAUGGAAGAACGAGAAGGACAUCUUCUCCGACGCCGACCUUCGCCACGACAACGUGCUGCACUUUCUAACUGCCGAGGAACGCAAGCUGGACAAGCAGUACUGGCUCAUCACGGCCUACCAGCCACUGGGCAACCUGCAGGAGUACCUGACGCGCCAUAUGGUCAGCUGGACCGAGCUGCGGUCGCUCGGGGGGUCGCUGGCACACGGCGUGGCACACCUGCACAGUGACCGCACACUCUGUGGGAGGCCCAAGGUGCCCAUCGUGCACAGGGACCUGAAGAGCUCCAACAUCCUGGUCAAGGGUGACCUCACCUGCUGCCUGUGCGACUUUGGUCUGGGGCUGCGGCUAGACAACUCGCUGUCGGUGGACGAGCUGGCCAAUAGUGGACAGGUGGGGACAGCCAGGUACAUGGCCCCAGAGGUGCUGGAGUCCCGGAUCAACCUAGAGAACACAGAGUCCUUCAAGCAGACAGACGUCUACUCCAUGGCUCUGGUGUUGUGGGAGAUCACCUCACGAUGUGAUGCAAUAGGAGAAGUGAAAGAGUACGAGCCUCCGUUCGGUAAGGUGAGGGAGCACCCGUGUGUGGAGAGUAUGAAGGACAGUGUGCUCAGAGACAGAGGGCGACCAGAGAUGCCCAGCAGCUGGUCCAACCACCCGGGCAUUCAGUUGGUGUGCGGCACCAUAGAGGAGUGUUGGGACCACGACCCGGAAGCCCGGCUGACCGCGCAGUGUGUGGCCGAGCGCUUCAACGACAUGGAGGAGCUGGACAAGCUCUCCGAGCACAGCGUCUCCCAGGAGAAGAUCUCGGAGGACUGCUCGGUCAGCGACGAGAAGUAGACGCCCCCUGCUGGAGGGGCUGGGACACACAGCACACACCAAAAAAAAAAAAACUCCGCCACCGUCCAUCAGCGGCCCUGCUACGCGAGUCCACUCCACAGGACUUCACUCACUCACUCACUCAGCCUGGUUCAGAUGCCUGACUCUGUCUCUGUCUCUGGCGCAUGUGACUACGCAAGGACCAUCCCACAGACCGGCUUCUCUUCCGUGUUUCAGUUGGAGUUGGAACUGAAUCACCUUCAAACCAAACAAGGCAUCUUGGAAAAGAAUGGUGGAUAACUGAUCGCCUCUGCUUUUGAAAAAGCCUUUUGAACGGUGCUGGCCUGAGCAGAGACUUUCAAACGUCUUCCAAACUAAAACAGUUUUGCACUUUAUUCCCAAUCAUUACCUAUGCAUACCAAAUAAUACGCAUACUGGCAGUACAAUCAACAUGGUAAUAUACUGUAUAGGAGACCAUUUUCGGCUGUGACAACAGCCAAUAUGUUUUAACACUAAUGAUUUGGAGGUCUGUGCAUAUGCUGCCAAGGUUUUUAAUCAGCUGUAGAUAAUUAUUCUUGUGCUUUAAGGAGCAAGAGGGAUUGGAGCUUGCAGCUUUGUUAAAUGAAAAGGGGAGGGGGGGAGUGUAAUCAUUGAAGCACAAAAUGAAAAAAGUAGCAAAGUGAAUUCAAGUAAAGAAGAGUGCUUUACGCAACAGGAAUGCAGAAUAACCAGGGUAAGCUAGAGACAAGAGAGUCUUGACAGCUUUAUCAUACCAAAGUCAGAGCUCAAGGACGUCCUCUGCUAAGGAGGCAUAUCAUAAAAGUUUUAUUCUAAGGACAAUUAUUUUACAAGGACAUCCACAGUAAAAAAGGGAAGGGCUAUAGUGAUAUGGACACUGUGCUGCGGCCCGAGAGACAACUGGGGACUGACCGACUGCAGACCUUCUACUCACAUGACUGUCAUCCAGGAAUCAUCUGCUGAUCCACAAAAGCACUGGAUUUCCUAUGACAAGUCAAAACCAUCUUCCAAUCUUAUCUGUCUGCCACAUGAUAUGUGAAUGCUUUUGAAAUGUACAGUUUAUAAGGAAACUAUUAAAAAUGAGUAUAUACAGUUUUUAAAUAA